CACAUGAAUCUGGAAGCUAUAAGCUGGAUUGAUUGCAAAUGAAGUGUAAUGCAUUGUGGGACGUGUGUAAAAUUGGAUCAUUCGAGGGAGAAAACGAACGGACCCACAGCUUGCUUCCUAGAAGAGGUAGCAGCAAAAUGUUUGCAGCCCGUGCUCAAGCUGUGCGCUUAAUGUUUUGAUGAAAAAAAGGGAACAGCGGUGAGGCCUGUCUCAUGAAGCUGGACGAUUAGGCUUCAGGUAGCCUCAGAAUGAAGAAGACUCGGAGUACAACCUUACGCCGGGCCUGGCCCAGUGCUGAUUUCUCUGACCGGGCCUCAGACCGCAUGAGGUCCCGUAGUGAAAAGGACUAUCGCCUGCACAAACAUUUUCCACCAGCUUUUAUUUCACAGGCAUCACGAGGAUAUAUGUCAGGUGAUGUAUCCCCCAUUAGUAUGUCUCCAAUCAGCCAGUCACAGUUUAUCCCUCUCGGGGAGAUCCUUUGCUUGGCCAUCUCGGCUAUGAACUCUGCAAGAAAACCUGUUACGCAAGAAGCACUAAUGGAGCACCUAACAACCUGCUUUCCAGGUGUACCAACCCCAAGCCCGGAAAUCCUGCGGCAUACACUUAAUAUGCUUGUCCGAGAGAGGAAAAUCUACCCAACCCCAGAUGGAUACUUUAUAGUAACCCCACAGACUUAUUUCAUAACCCCAUCCCUUAUAAGAACUAACAGUAAAUGGUACCACUUGGAUGAAAGGAUACCUGACCGGUCUCAGUGUACCUCUCCACAACCAGGAAAUAUUACGCCAUCUCCUUCAGGGUGUGUCAGGGACAGAACUCUCUCCAAAAACCACUGCGACUCUUGUCAUUGCUGCAGAGAAGAUAUGCAUAGCAUCCAUGCAUCUACCUUACAAAGGAAAUCUGCAAAAGACUGCAAAGACUCCUAUUGUCCCCCCUCUUUGUGCCAGAUACCCCCUACAGAGAAAAGCAAAAGUACCAUAAAUUAUUCUUAUAAAACCGAAACCCUUUCAAAACCGAAAGAUGGGGAUAAGCCAUCUAAAAAAUUUGGUCUGAAAUUAUUUAGGCUAAGUUUUAAAAAGGACAAGGCAAAACAGCUGGCUAAUUUUUCAGCCCAGUUCCCUCCUGAGGAAUGGCCCCUUCGAGAUGAUGACACCCCAAAUACCAUACCCCGUGAAGUAGAGAUGGAAAUCAUUAGGCGAAUAAACCCUGACUUAACAGUGGAAAAUGUCGUACGGCACACUGCACUAAUGAAAAAACUUGAAGAAGAAAAAUCUCAGAGGAGUAAAGCUGGUUCAUCAGCUCACCAUAGUGGUAGAAGCAGGCGAAGCAGGACUCACAGAAAAACUCAUGGAAAAUCUCGGUCACAUAGCAAGAAUAGGGCUUCCAAAGGUGACCCUUCUGAAGGCUCCCACUUAGACUUACCCGGAGAGAGAGAGUAUGAGUUCUAUCAUCCUCGGAAUCGUUCACCAAGGGAAGGUUGUUUCAUAAUGGAGCGUAAAGGUGGAGAAAAUUUUGUAGUGCUCAGCAAUCCAAACAUGAUCGAAUCUCAUUUUCCUAUUACACCAGAAUGGGAUGUGUCUGGUGAACUGGCCAAAAGGAGAACUGAAAUGCCUUUUCCUGAACCCUCAAGGGGGAGUUCCCAUUCCAAGGUCCAUCGAAGCCACAGCCAUACACAGGAUAGAAGGUCAAGAAAUGAAAGGUCAAAUAAAGCCAAGGAAAGGUCUAGGUCAAUGGACAAUUCAAAGGGACCUCUAGGUGGUGCUUCUUUAGGUACACCGGAUGACCUGGGUGAAGGCUUGAGUCUCGAUGAUAAAACACCAAGCCAGUCUUUUAUAGAUGAUGGCACUUUAAGACCAUCCCAUAGUAGCUUGAGUCAUCAGAGGACUCUGACUUACAAAGACCCAUGCGUUCCUGAACUAGCUAGUGGUGGUGCAGAUACCCCUAAAUCAUGUAGCCUGUUGGAACAAGGCAAACUUCCAGAGACUUUAUCCUCUUACAGUGAACUUAAUUCUUGUUCCAAAAAAACAGCAGAUGACUAUUUUCAGUGUAAUACAUCUAGUGAAACAAUUCUCACUGCUCCAUCCCCUUUAGGUAAAAAUAAAGAGGACAUUGAUAUAUCAAGUCUCACAGAAGGCUUGAAAAGACUUUCUCCUGCUGAGAAGCCACAGCAACACAUAGCCAGAGAGCAAGGUGAAUACAAAGAAGACUCCCCAAAAGGUACUGUUAGUGGUCUAUCAGUUGCUGCUUCUGGACAGACCCCAGAAGUGAUUGCAAAUGGGCGAUUGGUGCCACAUCACAAUGCAGAAUCAAGCAGCCUUGAUAAAAGGAAAGAAAUAUUCAGUAAAGAUACUCUAUUCAAACCUUUGCACAAUAGCCUAUCUGUGAACAGUUUUCAUAAAUCGGGUGUGAAUUUGAUGAAAACACACCAAAAGACUUCUCCUGAAACACUGCCAGCAAGCAUCGAGAACUUUGAGCAACCUAUUACCACCUCAGUUACCCCAAACCUUGCUGUCUCGCCAAGGCCACAGGAGCCAGCAGGAAAUCAAGAAGCCUCCUUUGAUUACUACAACGUCUCGGAAGAUGACGAGUCAGAGGAAGGUACACAAAAGACAGCAGAGGAGGAAAAAAACAGAGACGAUGUAGGGACAAUGCAGUGGCUGCUACAGCGGGAGAAGGAAAGGGAUUUACAAAGGAAGUUCGAGAAAAACCUCACACUUCUAAAUCCAAAGGAAACUGACAGCAGCAGUAGCCAGCGAGCCACACAUUCGGCUCGUUUGGACAGCAUGGACAGUAGUAGCAUCACUGUAGACAGUGGAUUUAACUCCCCACGGACCCGGGAAAGCCUGGCUUCUAAUACUUCAAGUAUUGUGGAAAGUAACAGACGACAAAAUCCAGCUCUGAGUCCUGCCCAUGCUGGUGCUGGCCCAGCUUUUAACUUCCGAACAUCUGCUGCAGAAACUACAACGACGGAUGCUGAUAAACUACAGAAACCCGCUAACUGUUUGCAAGCUUCUGUAACUAGUGUUUGAUAGCCGCUCAGCCUCAAAUCUUGUUCUUUCUCAUCCUCUACAGCAAAGUUUACUACACUGGGACCGAUGUUUACAUCUCUUUUACAAGCAAGCCUCACAUCCACAGCUUUUGUGUCUUUCUAAAACUGUGCUGCUAAUUAGCCCGGGGGGCAACGAGAACAAAAUACCAACUUCUUGCUUUUUUUUUUAUUUUAUUUUUUGGUUGUUUUUGGUUUUGAUUUCUUUUUUUUUUUUUUCUUGCCCUCAUUCCUUUCCAUCAUGUAAAGCUCCGUAGGAAGUGAAUUACAGUAGAGGUUAAUAUGCACAUUAUUCUUCAUGUAACUGUAACAGAGCACAUUCAGGAGUCUAGACACUGUAAUAUUUUUUUUUCUCUAAGUUAUGUUUGUGAUGCUGUGCGGCAUACAACGAUCAGUACUUCCUUUAAAGCAGCGGUGCUCGGUAAAAAAAACAAAAACACACAAAAAAAAAAGGACUUUGUAGAUUAGGGGAACAGUUUUUACUCUGUUCUGUGUCCUCCUUAGUUGUAAAGACAGAGAGAAAGAAAGUCUAUUUAUUUUUACCAGUGUAAAAAAGAAAAAAUGUUAAAUGACCGAAUUUUAAACACAUAUAUAUUCCUACUUAGUGCCCAUGAUGUUAAGCAAAUGUGAAGAACCAAAAUACAACACCAUAUCACUCUGCAAUAAUGAUUGCUACAU